UGGGCGGUGCCGGCGCGUGCGCGGGUCGGGCGGCAGGUGCGGGGGUGGCUCCCGGGCAUGUCGGGCCGCGGGCGGCGGACCCGCGGGCGGCGGAGACCGGCGGGGGCGGAGCCAGAGCCAGAUCCGGAGCGGCCGGUGCCGGAGCAGCCGCGGUCCGAAGGGGCCGGCACCUCCCCGAGGCCGAGCCGGUUCUGCCCGCAGUGCGGGCGCGGCGUGGAGCCAGCCUUCCGCUUCUGCCCGGCCUGCGGCGAGAGGCUGCCCCCGCCGCCGCCGCCGGAGAAGGCGACGGAGCAGACACCGCCGGCCCCGCCGCCGCAGCAGGCCCGGAGCCCCGCGGCCCCAGCCCGGCGCUCCCUAGCCGCGAGGCCCAGCUCCCGCUCGCCCCGCAAGGCGCGGCUCGGCCCGGCGGUGCCGCUCCCGGUGGACACGGUGCUGACGGACCAGGGCGGCCGGCAGUGGAGGCUGGGCCGGCUCCUGGAGCAGGGCAGCUGCGGGCUCAUGUACGAAGCACAGUCAGCAUCUGGAGGAACCAGUCCUCAAAAGCAAAGAUACUCCCUCAAACUUGAUGUCAAAGAUGGCAAGAUCUACAACGAACAGAACUUUUUCCAGCGAGCUGCAAAGGCAGGCACAGGUUGGUGCUUCCUGGAAGGGCAAGGACUAGGCUGCUUGUUGGGAAUACUGGCAUCCCUCUCUCAUCAGUUGUUGGAGAAGUGGAAGAAGUGGCACUCUCUGCCGUUGCUGGGAAUCCCCAGUUGCGUUGGCUUUGGACUGCAUGCUGAUAGCUACAGGUUUUUGGUGUUCUCUGACUUAGGACGAACUCUUCAGUCAGUCCUGAACGAUGGUUUACACGUGCUGAGGGAGAAGGCAGCUUUUCAGAUUGUAGUCCGGCUGCUAGACUGCCUGGAGUACAUUCAUGAAAAUGAGUAUGUGCAUGGGGACAUCACAGCUGAGAACAUCUAUUUGAACCCAGCAGACCUCACACAGGUGACCCUAGCAGGCUAUUGCUUUGCAUUCCGGUACUGCCCAGGAGGGAAGCACGUGGCUCAGCGCGAAGGCAGCAGGACACCUCACGAAGGCACAAUAGAGUUUAUCAGUCUGGACAGCCACAAGGGAGCAGGACCGUCUCGACGGAGUGACUUGGAAUCUCUGGGCUACUGUCUUCUGCAAUGGCUCUGUGGCUUCUUACCUUGGUCUGAUGAGCUGGACAAAGUAGAAACUGUGAUGGAGAAGAAGGAAAAGUACAGAAAGGAUGUGAAAUGUCUUCUCCAUCUGUGCUUCAGGCAGAAAUCCAUUCCAGGUGCACUGCUGAACUACCUGCAGCAAGUAGUGGCACUAGAGUAUGAGGAGAAGCCUGACUACGGGGCCCUGCGGCAGCUCUUCAAGAAGCCACUGGAAAAGAUGAAAGUUUCAGCUUAUGACUCCGUGGAUAUCAAAAUGGUGCCUUAAAUCAAGAAAACCAGCACAGGAAGAGUUCAAAGAUUUCCACAGUGUGAGGCGUUUCCUACAGAUAUUUAACUUUUACCUACCUGUUUUAGAAUUGAGAGAGGUUUUUAUAAGUGUUUUCUUCAAGUUUUAAUGUGACCUAAUGCUGAAUUUUGAGCCACUGCCAUAACAAGUUAAUGUGAACACAUUCCUGCAUGGCAAGUCAUUGUCAGCAGGAGCUGGAGAACUGCAGCGUAGGCACUGGGAGAAGGGUGAAGCCUGGCACAGAAAAAGAGAAAUCAAGGGAUUUUUAUUUUUUUAACUACAGUGGCAUUACAUAGUUUUGUAAUAAACUUUGUGGACAAGCA